AUGAAAGUGUUCGUUACGGUUUUUAUGUGCAUACUGGUUGUCAGCGAGCUCCGUGCCGAUGAUCUACUCUGCCAAAAUCCCAAUGAACGGAAAGGAUAUUGUGUGAAUAUCAAUAACUGCUUUGGACUGAAGUCCGUGAAUACGAAGAGCAAAAGGACCUUUUCGGAGUCGCGAUUCAUUCAAGAAUCCAGAUGUGGAGAUGGCAACUUUGUCUGCUGCGCAGGUGAUACCGAUUUUGAUAGCACUUAUUUACUUCCCCAGCCAUUAACUUGUGGAGGUGAUAUCGCGCAUAUUAAAAUCCUUGGUGGCAAUGAAACCGCUAUCAGUGAAUUUGCAUGGAUGGUUUUGCUGGAGUAUAGACGCUUCUAUGGAUCUGAGCCGGAAACGCCAUGCGGGGGAUCGCUGCUCAAUCAUCGAUACGUCGUAACAGCAGCUCACUGUCUGGUUGGAAGCUAUGCAUCACCGUUUGGAACUUUGGUAUCUGUUCGAUUGGGCGAGCAUGACACUCGUACCUCUGAGGACUGCCUGGGAGGAAUAUGCUCACGGGGAGUUAAAUCAGUGGCCAUUGAAGAAAUCCAUGUUCACAAAAAUUAUGUCCCCGAUUCAGAGUACUGGCACGAUAUUGGUUUAAUCCGCUUGCAAAGUGCGGUUAAGUAUUCACCAACAAUUCGGCCAAUAUGUCUGCCCUCGACUGUAGGCGGCAGAAUAUUGAAUGACGGUCAGUUCUUAACUGUGGCAGGCUGGGGUCACACUGUGAAUGGUGGCACGGGAAGUCCCACGCUGCAGAAAGUGCGUGUUCCCUUUGUCGAAAACGAUACCUGUAUGAAAAAGUACGAAUCUAUAUAUAUGCACGUGAAUGGCAGUAAAAUUUGCGCCGGCGGUCGAAGCGGUGUUAAUAGCUGCGGAGGGGAUUCCGGUGGACCACUGAUGUCAUAUGAUAAAGGUUCUUGGAUCCUACAGGGCAUUGUGUCCUCUGGUAGGCAGCAAUGCGGCAGUAAUUGGCCUGCUCUUUACACGAACGUUGCAGAAUAUGAAAACUGGAUCAAAGAAAAAAUGCGGCCCUAG